GCGGACAUGACCAAGCCGAAAGCUACUAAUAUGCUGAUAGCCAUAUAUAUGAAUCCGAAUGGCCUGGGGGGAUAAGAACUAGCUGCUGCAUUCCCUCAUGAGCUUGCCUACGCGCAAAAUCGGUAAGGACUCCGUCACCGCUAUUGGAUACGAAGCAAUGGGCAUCUCUGCCUUCUAUGGCAAGACUUUACCUGACGAGGAACGGUUCAAGUUCCUUGACACAUUGUAUGAAAGCGGCUGCACUAACUGGGACACGGCCAAUGUAUAUCUCGACUCGGAGGAGUUGAUUGGCAGACGAUUCCCGGGACAGACAUCGCCCGAUGACUUCGAGGAGGGUGAUUUCCGCAGAGUGGUUCCUCGGUACUCGAAGGAGAACUUCCCGAAUAUCCUCAAGCUGGCCGACGGUCUCAAGGCUAUCGGUGAGCGGCAUGGGGCGACAGCCGGGCAGAUCGCUCUCGCCUGGCUCUUGUGCCAAGGGGAGGAUGUCAUCCCAAUCCCUGGGACGACGAAGGUGAAGAACCUGCAAGAGAACCUAGGUGCGGCAUCAAUUGAACUCACGCAAGACGAAAUCGUGGAGAUUCGAGCCCUGGCUGAGAAGUCAGACGCGGUGCAAGGAGCGAGGUAUCCACCGGGGAUGGACGAUUAUCUGUGCCUUGAUACUCCCCCUCUUCAGAGGUAAACAUUGGUCGUACGGGAACAUAAGCAAUGUACACGGAUUGAGAAAGGAAACCCUUAGGAUGUUUGACUCCCCAGAACAACCCCGGGACAGGUAGCGCCAUGACGCACAAUAUGUUGUAUCGCACUUUUACCUGUUGUCUGAUUUACGAGCCCCUCGCUUGUUUGCCAGGCUCCCUGCUUCUUCCUAAGUGCCGCCUCUCCCUCUCAUGGUUUGCUC